AUGGAUCCGGAGGCCGUCGUUGCGUCGCUCGUGGCUCUGCUGGUGACAAAUGGGACCUCGGUGCUGGACUGCACCUGCGUCCACCUCAACGACAUGGCCGACCGCGUCAGCCACUGGCUACACAGAGUCAGUGACGGCGAACUAGACAUAUGGCAGCAGCAAUGUCAAUAUUUCGGACGCUACUUGGUGAUCGGAACGUGCGGGACCCUGAAUCCGCCGUCGGUCGCGUUGUCAGCUGUGGCGCGCCAGGCAGCCAGCUUCCCGACCUACGGACCCCUGCAGCCGCCUGCAGGAGGGGGGCAGCGAGAGGGCUGCGUCGGCGCCCUGGAGGGGCUCCACCGCCUCUCGUAUUUUGAGUUCCUCAAAUUCCGCAAGGAGCUCUACUGCCGGAUCGCUGCCGAUUGUAUCGACUCGAGCUCUGUACUGAGCACUGGACAAGGGGAGUGCUGGAAAGUACAGCACUGGACAAGGGGAGUGCUGGAAAGUACAGCACUGGACAAGGGAAGUGCUGGAAAGUACAGCACUGGACAAGGGGAGUGCUGGACAGUACAGCACUGGACAAGGGGAGUGCUGGACAGUACAGCACUGGACAAGGGGAGUGCUGGACAGAACAGCACUGGACAACGGGAGUGCUGGACAGGACAGGACAGUACAGCACCGGACAAGGGGAGUGCUGGACAGGACAGUACAGCACCGGACAAGGGGAGUGCUGGACAGGACAGUACAGCACCGGACAAGGGGAGUGCUGGACAGGACAGUACAGCACCGGACAAGGGGAGUGCUGGACAGGACAGUACAGCAACGGACAAGGGGAGUGCUGGACAGGAUGGUACAGCAACGGACAAGGGGAGUGCUGGACAGGACAGUACACCACUUGACAUGGGGAGUGCUGGAUGGGACAGUACAGCACUGGACAAGGGGAGUGCUGGACAGUACAGCACUGGACAAGGGGAGUGCUGGACGGUACAGCACUGGACAAGGGGAGUGCUGGACAGUACAGCACUGGACAAGGGGAGUGCUGGACAGUACAGCACUGGACAAGGGCUGUGCUGGACAGUACAGCACUGGACAAGGGGAGUGCUAGACAGUGCAGCACUGGACACGGGGAGUGCUGGACAGUACAGCAGUGGACAAGGGGAGUGCUGGACAGUACAGCACUGGACAAGGGGAGUGCUGGACAGUACAGCAGUGGACAAGGGGAGUGCUGGACAGUACAGCACUGGACAAGGGGUGUGCUGGACAGUACAGCACUGGACAAGGGGAGUGAUGGACAGUACAGCACUGGACACGGGGAGUGCUGGACAGACGGAACUGGACACGGGGAGUGCUGGACAGGACAGUACAGCACUGGACACGGGGAGUGCUGGACAGGACAGUACAGCACUGGACAUGGGGAGUGCUGGACAGGACAGGACAGUACAGCACUGGACAAGGGGAGCGCUGUACAGGACAGGACAGUACAGCACUGGACAAGGGGAGCGCUGUACAGGACAGGACAGUACAGCACUGGACAAGGGGAGUGCAGGACAGGACAGGACAGGACAGUACAGCACUGGACAAGGGGACUGCUGGACAGGACAGGACAGUACAGCACUGGACAAGGGGGUGCUGGACAGGACCGGACAGUACAGCACUGGACAAGGGGGUGCUGGACAGGACAGGACAGGACAGCACUGGACAAGGGGGUGCUGGACAGGACAGGACAGUACAGCACUGGACAAGGAGAGUGCUGGACAGGACAGUACAAUACUGAACAAGGGGAGUGUUGGACAGGACAGUACAGCACUGGACAAGGACAGUACAGCACCGGACAAGGGGAAUGCUGGACAGGACAGUACAGCACCGGACAAGGGGAGUGCUGGACAGGACAGUACAGCACUGGACAAGGGGAAUGCUGGACAGGACAGUACAGCACUGCCCUGGACAAGGGGAAUGCUGUACAGGACAGUACAGCACAGCACUGGACAAGGGGAGUGCUGGACGGGACAGUACAGCACAGCACUGGACAAGAGGAGUGCUGGACAGGACAGUACAGCACUGGACACGGGUAGUGUUGGACAGGACAGUACAGCAGUGGACACGGGGAGUGCUGGACGGGACAGUACAGCAGUGGACACGGGGAGUGCUGGACGGGACAGUACAGCAGUGGACACGGGUAGUGCUGGACGGGACAGUACAGCACUGGACAAGGGGUGUGCUGGGUGGGACAGUACACCACUUGACACGGGGAGUGCUGGAUGGGACAGUACAGCACUGGACAAGGGGAGUGCUGGACAGUACAGCACUGGACACGGGGAGUGCUGGACAGUAAGACACUGGAGUGCUGGACAGGACGGGACUGGACACGGGGAGUGCUGGACAGUAAGACACAGGAGUGCUGGACAGGACGGGACUGGACACGGGGAGUGCUGGACAGUAAGGCACUGGAGUGCUGGACAAGACGGGACUGGACACGAGGAUUGCUGGACAGUAAGGCACUGGAGUGCUGGACAGACGGAACUGGACACGGGGAGUGCUGGACAGGACAGGACAGUAGAGCACUGGACAAGGGGAGCGCUGUACAGGACAGGACAGUACAGCACUGGACAAGGGGAGUGCUGGACAGGACAGGACAGGACAGUACAGCACUGGACAAGGGGAGUGCAGGACAGGACAGGACAGUACAGCACUGGACAAGGGGGUGCUGGACAGGACCAGACAGUACAGCACUGGACAAGGGGUUGCUGGACAGGACAGGACAGGACAGCACUGGACAAGGGGGUGCUGGACAGGACAGGACAGUACAGCACUGGACAAGGAGAGUGCUGGACAGGACAGUACAGUACUGAACAAGGGGAGUGCUGGACAGGACAGUACAGCACUGGACAAGGGGAGUGCCGGACAGGACAGUACAGCACUAGACAAGGGGAGUGCUGGACAGGACAGUACAGACCGGACAAGGGGAGUGCUGGACAGGACAGUACAGCACCGGACAUGGGGAGUGCUGGACAGAGGGAGUGCUGGACAGGACAGGACAGUACAGCACUGGACAAGGGGAGCGCUGGACAGGACAGGACAGUACAGCACUGGACAAGGGGAGUGCUGGACAGGACAGUACAGAACUGGACAAGGGGAGUGCUGGACAGGACAGUACAGAACUGCACAAGGGGAGUGCUGGACAGGACAGUACAGCACUGGACAAGGGGAGUGCUGGACAGGACACUACAGCACUGGACAAGGGGAGUCCUGGACAGGACAGUACAGCACUGGACAAGGGGAGUUUCGGACAGUACAGCACUGGACAAGGGGAGUUCUGGACAGGACAGUACAGCACUGGACAAGGGGAGUGCUGGACAGGACAGUACAGCACCGGACAAUUUGAGUGCUGGACAGGACAGUACAGCACCGGACAAGGGGAGAGCUGGACAGGACAGUACAGCACCGGACAAGGGGUGUGCUGGACGGGACAGUACAGCACCGGACAAGGGGAGUGCUGGACGGGACAGUAAAGCACUGGACAAGGUUAGUGCUGGACGGGACGGUACAGCACUGGACAAGGUUAGUGCUGGACGGGACGGUACAGCACCGGACACGGGGAGUGCUGGACGGGACGGUACAGCACCGGACAAGGGGAGUGCUGGACGGGACGGUACAGCACCAGACACGGGGAGUGCUGGACGGGACGGUACAGAACUGGACAAGGGGAGUGCUGGACAGGACAGUACAGAACUGGACAAGGGGAGUGCUGGACAGGACAGUACAGCACUGGACAAGGGGAGUGCCGGACAGGACAGUACAGCACUGGACAAGGGGAGUGCCGGACAGGACAGUACAGCACUGGACAAGGGGAGUGCUGGACAGGACAGUACAGCACUGGACAAGGGGAGUGCUGGACAGGACAGUACAUCACCGGACAAGGGGAGAGCUGGACAGGACAGUACAGCACCGGACAAGGGGAGUGCUGGACAGGACAGUACAGCACCGGACGAGGGGAGUGCUGGACGGGACAGUACAGCAGCGGACGAGGGGAUUGCUGGACGGGACGGUACAGCACCGGACAAGGGGAGUGCUGGACGGGACGGUACAGCACCGGACAAGGGGAGUGCUGGAUGGGACGGUACAGCACCGGACACGGGGAGUGCUGGACGGGACGGUACAGCACCGGACACGGGGAUUGCUGGACGGGACGGUACAGCACCGGACACGGGGAUUGCUGGACGGGACGGUACAGCACCAGACACGGGGAGUGCUGGACGGGGCGGUACAGCACCGGACACGGGGAGUGCUGGACAGGACGGUACAGCAAUGGUCAAGGGGAGUGCUGGACGGGACAGUACAGCACAGCACUGGACACGGGGAGUGCUGGACGGGACAGUACAGCACAGCACUGGACACGGGGAGUGCUGGAUGGGACAGUACAGCACAGCACUGGACACGAGGAGUGCUGGAUGGGACAGUACAGCACCGGACACGGGGAGUGCUGGACGGGACGGUACAGCACUGGACACGGGGAUUGCUGGACGGGACGGUACAGCACCGGACACGGGGAUUGCUGGACGGGACGGUACAGCACCGGACACGGGGAUUGCUGGACGGGACGGUACAGCACCGGAUACGGGGAGUGCUGGACGGGACGGUACAGCACCGGACACUGGGAGUGCUGGACGGGACGGUACAGCACCGGACACGGGGAGUGCUGGACGGGACGGUACAGCACCGGACACGGGGAUUGCUGGACGGGACGGUACAGCACCGGACACGGGGAUUGCUGGACGGGACGGUACAGCACCGGACACGGGGAGUGCUGGACGGGACGGUACAGCACCGGACACGGGGAGUGCUGGACGGGACGGUACAGCACCGGACACGGGGAGUGCUGGACGGGACAGUACAGCACCGGAUACGGGGAGUGCUGGACGGGACGGUACAGCACCGGACACGGGGAGUGCUGGACAGGACGGUACAGCACCGGACACGGGGAUUGCUGGACGGGACGGUACAGCACCGGACACGGGGAGUGCUGGACGGGACGGUACAGCACCGGACACGGGGAGUGCUGGACGGGACGGUACAGCACCGGACACGGGGAGUGCUGGACGGGACAGUACAGCACCGGAUACGGGGAGUGCUGGACGGGACGGUACAGCACCGGACACGGGGAUUGCUGGACGGGACGGUACAGCACCGGACACGGGGAGUGCUGGACGGGAUGGUACAGCACCGGACACGGGGAGUGCUGGACGGGACAGUACAGCACCGGAUACGGGGAGUGCUGGACGGGACGGUACAGCACCGGACACGGGGAGUGCUGGACAGGACGCACUGGACAAGGAGAGUGCUGGACGGGACAGUACAUCAGUGGACAAGGGGAGUGCUGGACGGGACAGUACAGCACUGGACAAGGGGAGUGCUGGACGGGACAGUACAGCACUGGACAAUGGGAGUGCUGGACGGGACAGUACAGCACUGGACAAGGGGAGUGCUGGACGGGACAGUACAGCACUGGACAAGGGGAGUGCUGGACGGGACAGUACAGCUCUUCACACGGGGAUAGCUGGACAGGGCAGUACAGCACUGGACAAGGGGAGUGCUGGACAGUACAGCACUGGACACGGGGAGUGCUGGACAGUACAGCACUGGACACGGGGAGUGCUGGACAAGUAUCGUCUCCUGUCUUGUCCAGAACUGCAGGCCCACGCAGCGGACUACCAGGCACGCCUGUCCAACUUCUGGAGAGACCUGGCGCAGCUCGUCUCACUCAGUGCGACUCACGUCUCACAGCUGUUGGUUCCUCUCGCAUUCGAACACAUGGGUAAAAACACGAGUGAUCAGCGACUCCAGCGUUGGCUUAAGGACGUGGAACGUGUGAAGGACAUGCUGCACACGAAAUUAACAGGAUGGGUACACGAUAUGCAAUACGUCAGCAAACAGAUGGUGCGCUACGAGGUAGAGGAAGAUAAAAACACUCCUGGGGAGUUUAAAAUCAGGGGACCGCUGUUGAAUGCUGACCUACUGCACUAUCAGUCGUGGAUCCUUUCCUCUCAGGAUGACUUACGUGAGCUGUGCAAGGAGCGGCAGCCGGAGGCAUCGGAAAUGUUCAGUCUGGCUGAGGCGCUGUACACCUUCUACCGUUCCUACUGGUACCCUGCAGCAACGCUCUUGACUCCACGCUACGAAUAUCUUAUCGAAAUUGUGGAUGACGAGUGGCAGCUGGAGGACAGAAGCAACGUCACACUCUCCGUGGACACUGACUGCGUGCAGCUGUUGACGAACGCCCUGGACCACCCCACAUGCCCACUGGAAGACCUUCCACCGGAGACCGUCCAGCAGCGCGAGCGGUGCCGCGUGCAGCUGUGGGACGACAUGGUGCAGAGGUCGCCCCACGUACCCGUCACCAGCUACCUGGCCUACACGCAGAGGGUAGACGUCAACCUCUGUCUGCUGGCCUGGAUGACAGUCAACUCAUGUAUGCUUGCGUUCGUCACCUCAGGCUUCCUAACCACCUACUACCUGCUGAAGUAA